AUGAGGGUUUUCGUGUACAAAGAAUCGGUUACAGAAAUUAAGGGAAUGGAUGCGAUAACAACUGGAACUAUUGAAAGGCUUAGGCACGGAGGUGGUGUGGGAUAUUACAUAUCAAAAGCAGCUGGAAAAAAGAUGGAUCAGGACUGCAAUAGUAAUGUAUCAAGGAAUGGACCUUUAGAAGUUACACAGAACUAUGUUUCCAUUCCUGGCGAUAUGAAGUGUAAAGGUAUCAUUCACGCAGUAGGUCCCACAUGGUCUGAUUACAAGGACAAGAAAAAAGAUUGCGCCAACGAUUUGUACGAGACAAUAAAAAAUGUUCUCAUAAAAGCCUCUAGCAAGAAAUGGCAAAAAGUGGCACUUCCAGCAAUAAGUUCAGGGUUAUUUGGUGUCCCGAAGAAACUGUGUGCGGAGAUGUACAUAAAGGCAUUUGCAGAUUACGCAACUGAAGCUGAUGGACAUGCUUGCUGUCCUGAUCCAAAGCAUUUCAGGAGAGACAGGGAACCUCAAUUGAAGCAGAAGCCUCCAAUAUGCUAA